CCCCCAGAAGGGGAGGAAGGGGUGGCGAGGGCUGGGGGGUGGGGGGGUACCCAGCUGCCAUACCCGCCGCUUCCUGGCCCCCACUCGCCGGCGCCCAAGUGGGAGGACCACAGCUGCCCGCUCCCUUUCCACACCCCCGCUACCUGCCCAGUCCCCGAAGCGAAUCGUGAGGAGGCUCUGAGCCAGCGGGGCCGAGCCCACAACUUUGCAGCUUCGGGGAGGGCGAGAGUCGGCGUCCAGGGCUCCUCUUAUCCGCGACUAGAGCUGGGCCCCUUAGGAAUGUAAUCGAAGAUGCUGGCCCUGAGGCUGCUCAACGUGGUGGCCCCCGCCUAUUUCCUGUGCAUCUCCCUGGUGACCUUCGUGCUGCAGCUCUUCCUCUUCCUGCCCAGCAUGCGCGAGGACCCCGCCGCCGCCCCCCUCUUCUCGCCUGCGCUGCUCCACGGGGCACUCUUCCUGUUCCUCUCAACCAACGCCCUGGGCAAUUACGUCCUGGUCAUCCAGAACUCCCCUGACGACCUGGACGCCGGCCAGGGGACCUCCUCCAGGAGAGCUCCGUGCCCCCCGCCCAGCACCCACUUCUGCCGAGUGUGCGCCCGAGUCACCCUGAGGCACGACCACCACUGUUUCUUCACCGGCAACUGCAUUGGCAGCAGGAACAUGCGCAACUUCGUCCUGUUCUGCCUCUACACCUCCCUGGCCUGCCUCUACUCCAUGGUGGCGGGCGUGGCCUACAUCUCCGCGGUCCUUUCCAUCUCCUUCGCCCACCCCCUGGCCUUCCUCACGCUCCUUCCCACCUCCAUCAGCCAGUUCUUCUCUGGAGCUGUCCUCGGUUCUGAAAUGUUCGUCAUCCUCAUGCUCUACCUCUGGUUCGCCAUCGGCCUGGCCUGCGCCGGCUUCUGCUGCCACCAGCUGCUGUUGAUCCUGCGGGGUCAGACCCGCCACCAGGUGCGGAAGGGGGUGGCCGUGAGGGCCCGGCCGUGGCGCAAGAACUUACAGGAGGUGUUCGGGAAGAGGUGGCUGCUGGGCCUGCUGGUCCCCAUGUUCAAUGUGGGUGGUGAGAGCUCCAAGCAGCGGGACAAGUAGCGGGCACUCCCAGCAUUUCUCUUUCUGUGUCUUGACUCCUCCUGAGCAUAAGACCAUGGUACCCUUGUCUCCACCCAUGACCCACUACAACCUAUGGCUGGGGGUGUCCUAACAUCCACCCCCCACCGGGCCACAUAGAGAAAAACGUUGGCUGGUGGAUCGCGACAAGGAGGAAAAUGAGGCCCCCCGGCCAUUUUUGCCCUCCCCACAGGCCAGCCAGGUGGCUGCCAGGAGGCCGCUGCUCUGGUUCCUUUCCCUCGGGGUCCCUGCCUUGCCCCUCGGCCGGCCUAUCCGCCCCCUACCGUGCCCCCUGGCAUACUGCCAUGGGCUAGAGCUCUUCCUCUCAGCCCCGUGUUGGGAGUGCGGAGUGAAUUCUUGCUGCUAGGAGCCUGCUCCCUGGGACCUGGAGGCUGGCAAAGAUGUUUAAAAUUACAAAAUGUUUAAAAUGACCAAGUCUGCUGUGCCAACUGCCAGGAAGGUUGGGAAGGUGGGGGGAGUGUCCUUGUCCCCUCUGUGGAACUGUGGGCGAUGGGAAGGAGAAAGCACUCAGUAGCUUGCUGCUCACGCCACCCUGCCCCCGAGUUGCCAGGCCUUUCCUUGGGACACAGCAGCCAAUGGUCUGGGACAUCCAGCUGCUGUCCCCUGUGUACCCUGCCCCUGCUGGCCACCCCAGCCCAGUCCAGGAUCUGGCUGGGUACUUUCUCUCCCUGGCAUGCUUCCUGCCUUUGCUAGAUGCUGGGAAGGCAAAGAAAAGGGAGAAGAAAAGGGGGCAUGCUGAUAAAUGAUAGAGGCACGUGACUACAUAUGCAUAAGGGUGUGUGUGUGAGAGAGAGAGAGAGAGAUAGAGAGAGAGAGAGGGAAGAGAAUGCUUAGGGAAGGGGAAGAGAGGGUCACAGAGAGGUUGGGCACUGGGAUAUUUGGGGAAAAUGAUUGUGAGAGAGGUGAAUGGGUUCAUUUCUUCCCUGCAUUGAGGACUUUCUGGAAACUAAAGUGGUUCCAUGUUGGGACAUCUUCCUGGGGGCCGUGGGGUUGUGUGUGAGUGCCGCUAGCCUGGAGGUUUCCCAGCAGGGGCUCGGCAGGCACGCCAUGGAGAGACCCUCUGCACAGGGUCAGGGGAGGGCAAGUCUCUUCCCAUCCCAAGAUUCUGGAGUCCUCUCUGAUUGCCAGGCCCGGAGGCAGGGUCUCUAGGGGUGCCUGUGAGCCGUGUGCUUUCGUGCAGGGUAGACCGGGCAUGGAGGAGUCUGAAAAUCACGAUGCAAACUUUUAGGGCCCCACCCAGCUGCUCAGGAGAGAGUCUCUGGAGGGAGAAAGUCUACCUGGGUUUUAAUGCUAGUGAAGGAGGUUGGCAUCUGAGGACAGGGAGAUGGAGCAGGUCAGAGGCAGGUGGGGACAGUGGUGGGGAGAGCAGAGCUGGAAGGUCAUGCUCAACUCAGAGGGUGAGAUUGGGAGCGUUGACGCUGUGGACGGGGGACACCAGAGGAGGGGUGCAACAGCCAGACCAGCCCUGUUUAUCUGACUGGCUCCGAACAGGGACACAGCUGUGUGUUCUGACAUACGAGGGAGUGGGAACAACACAUGUGUCCCCUCCUGACUGGGUCUCGGGGUCAGUCAACCAGCCAUGCAGGCAGCAGGGCUGAAACCCACACUCCACAGUGUCCAGCUGGUGGCCAUGGCCACCCCAGCUGUUGCCACACAUCACCCUGAGGUCUUGAGCAGAGCUUGGAAGGACUUUCCCUUGGUCCUGCUUCACGUCCCCUAGAGGACUACCAUAGUAAUGGCUCCACCCCGUUAAACUCCCUCCCCUUUUCCUUCAUUCGUGAGCCCUACACACGUGCUUAUUUAUUUAGUGCCAGCUAAGUGCUCUUCUG